GUUGAACAUGGCCGAGUGAGCUUGAUAACAACCCAGAACGUUUGUUUUGGUUUUAGAAAUUUUAGUUUCAGUGAAUGAAAUAACGGAAAACAAAAAUGGCAAACGAAAGUGAAUUACACAAUCAAGUAUUUAUUCAAGUACAUGAAUCAAAUUCAGGAAGUGAAUGGGAUUAUAAUCAAGUAUUGAAUCAACUACAAGAAUAUAAUGAACUACAAAAAGAGUAUAAUGUACUACAGAAAGAGUAUACGGAACUACAGGAACAUUUAAAUGCAGUGGAGAUGAAAUACCAGACAGAAAUGGCUGACAAUAAUCACAUCUCAGUUCCACAAAACACAGAUUUUAUGAAGAAAUUAUUUGAUGAUGUGGUUAAUCUGUUUGGUAAACAAGAAUUAAGUGAUGUAACUGUUUUACUGGAAGGUGGACGUCAACUGCCGGCUCAUAGAUUAGUUCUGGCUGCACGGAGUGAUGACUGGGCCUGGGGUGAUAUUAACCUAAAAUUAGAUGUUGAAAUUAAUUUUUCAGAUAUAAAGUACGAUGUAGCUAUGACGUUAUUUAAAUGGGUUUAUACAGAUGUUGUGGAUUUGGACAACAUGGCCGACUUGUUUCUAACCGAUCUACUAAAGGCUGCUAAAAGAUUCAACAUUAUGUCCUUGUAUGAAAGAUGCCAAGAUGCUUUAUUAGAACUGGUUAAUAAAGGUGACAGUAGAACUAUUUACCAGUCUGAAGAGAAAACAUUAGAUAAACCUGCAGAAGAGGAAAGUUCCCCAGUCUUAACUGAAAAAGAUACACCAUCAACGAGUGUAGUCAAGUAUAAAUUAGCCGAGGUCAUCAAAUGUAACGAUGUCCCUGUUUUAGUUGAAGAUGGUGGCAGUGAUGAGUUAACCUUCAGUCUGGCCCCUCGUACAGAAAAUCGUGAAACGGAAUCGAAUCAAUCUGCUUAUAAGUGUGACGUUUGCGACACCAAAUUUCAUGUACUUGACGAAUUAAAGGAACAUGGCAAGACCCAUCCGCUAAAUUCCAAUAAAUCCUUCAUCUGUGGUAUAUGUGGCAAAUCUUUUAAGGCCGAGAGACAAAUAAAGAGGCAUAUCAAGAUUCAUUCGGGAGAACGCCCGUACGUUUGUACGAUAUGCGGGAAACAAUACAAAACAUCGGAUGAUCUCAAUACCCACGUGUUAACCCACACGGGUAAACUUUUUACGUGCUCCAUAUGCGGAAAGAGUUACAAAUAUCAAGCCGGUCUUCGUAAACAUGCUCAUAGUCAUGGUAAACCAGUCCCUCAUAAAGACAAAAAAUUGUUUAUUUGCACGGAAUGUCCGAAGAAGUUCAGAAACCAUCGGGACUUUGAGAAACAUGUGAACAUACACACGGGGAGACGUCCAUACCUCUGUGACAUUUGUGGGAAGACUUUUACCACCAACGAGCUUCGUCAAUCGCACUUGCGAUGCCAUUCGGGAUUAAAACCCUACAAAUGUUCAUACUGCGAUAAAACAUUUUGUCGUAAACCUCAGUUAACGGUUCACACGCGAACUCAUACUGGCGAAAAACCCUUUCAAUGCGAGGUUUGUGGGAAGACUUUCGCGUCUGGGAGUCAUCGUAAAGUACAUCUACGAAGCCACACAGGCGAAAGACCUUUCAAGUGUGAUAAAUGUGAUCGAACAUACAUGAUGCGCGUUCACCUUAACACCCACAUAGCGCAACAUCACGCACAGGAAAAACCAUUCAGAUGUGAUAUUUGCGGAAUGGCAUUUCCAAUCAAAAGGUUUUUGUCACGACAUCUUAAUGGGCACAGCAAACCACAUCCUUGUGACGUUUGUGGACAUCGAUUCGGCCGUAAGACACAUCUGGUUCGACAUUAUAGAAUUCAUACGGGAGAAAGACCAUAUUCGUGUGAUGUUUGUGAGCAGAAGUUCCGAGAUAAAAGCACUCUUAAAUAUCAUGAGAAUCGUUUACACGGUGUACAGAAUAGACUGUUCUUCUGUAAUAUUUGUGGAAGUACGUUCACAGAUGAACGCAUUUUAAAUAUCCAUAAAAGCACAGAGCACGAGCAUACUAUAAUCUUACCAAUUUAACGCAAAUCCUCAAUAAUUACUUCGCUAUUGGGCCAUCCAUCAGUCAAAUACAUGUAGAUGAACAUGCAUUUAACAUGCAUUAUGCAAGGGCUAAAAUGUUAUCUAAAUUAUUAAUUAGACAUUAAAGAUACAUUAUGUAAGAUUUAGAUAAAGAGCUGGUAGUUCUUGCUAUAAUAGUUUAAAAAUAGAUAAUGUAAAGUGAAUAAUUUGAAAAUUUCAUUCCAAUUACUCUAUUGCGAGCGAAGAUAUUAGCCUUUGAAGGUUUGACAAGACGUGUGCAAUAAGUGCAACCACCAUACUUGUUGUUCGAAGCUAUGUCUCGCUCCUCCAUUUUUAAAUUAAAAUAAAAUAUGGCUGAAUUGUUCUAAUCUAUUUAAUAUCGGAAAAAUCCGAUGCCAUCGAGAGUUGAUUAUUGUCUGGAUCAGUUAAUGAAUGUCUAAUUAAUAAUUUAGAAAAAAUUUCAAGCCUAAAGAAAGACCUGCAAUAGGCAGAUUUAGCUCUUGCAUAAUGUAUGUUUAAUUUACUGUGAUAUUAAAUUUAGUGGAUUCAAAUACGUUUUAUGGUGGAUGCAGUUACCGUAAAAUGGAUAAUCAAGACUUUGUUUAUUAUGGCUCUUUAUCUAAUCUUACUUAAUGUAAUGCAUUUUUAAGUUAUUCUAGGACACUCAAAUGGAUGAACAAGCUUGGUUCUUUCAAAUUGGAUUGAGUGGUGAAUGGAGAGCAGUUGGGAAAAUGUGUCGGGUAGUUUGGAUCGGAAUGAAAUGAAAUGAAAUGGGGUUAAAUGUCUUACUUUUCUGCUCCAACUGGGCUAAUAAAGAUGGUUAUACGCCAUACAGUUUGCUAUGAGGGAUAUUUUGUCUGGACAGCGGCACUACAGCCUACUCUUAUAUUGAAUUCCAACUGCCAAGGGAUCUUUUAUGUGCACGCCAAUGUAUACACGGAACCUCGGUUUUUCAUACCAUCCGAAGGAUUAGACACCUGUCCUGGUCGGGCCCACCAUCCUGCACCACUGACAAGGGGAAACCACGCUGGAAAAUCCCGAUGAACUUUCUCAGCCAACAGGAAUUGAUGAAGAAUAGUUGGAGAAUACCACUGUCUUGAGAAUAAGUCCCUCACAGCACACAGCCUGUUGCACACUCCAUGGCGUGUCUCUCACGCAGAAAGUAAAACGUUAAAACCCAUUUCAUUUACUGUACAUGUAUAUUUUUGUCUUUAUUACUUUUGUGCAAAAUAGCAUUUGUUGAAAUUUUCUGUUUUUAAUUUUAUUUAAAAGAAUAAAUAUGUUGAUCUUGU